CUCCUUCCUCUGCCUCCUCACCUCAGCCCCUCGGGGCGGACGCAGCGUCUCGCGGCGGCGGCGUUGGCUCGCGGGAACCGUUGCGGCAUCCGCUCGCGGAAGACGGUGCGGGUGCACGUGUCCCUGACCUCCUGCCUGCAUCCAAUUCCAAGGGGAAGAGGAGAGAGAGAGAGAGAGAGCGGCGGCGGCACGUUCUUUGCCUGUCAUACUGGAGGAGCUGCAUCUACUUUCACUCGCGAUGAUGUAUAUGUUCUCAUUGUUGGGGUAAUUUUCGAUUCUGAGAAAGAACGCUCAUUGCUGAACCAGAAGCUUCUUGACGAAAACCUGAGCCAGUGACAUGCGGCGCAAGAUGGAUGAUCUGGUAUCAAAUGCGGAAGAGAACAAUGGUGCUUGUGUGGAUAGUGGUUCUGAUGAAAGUGAAGACGUGAAAGUAUGUGACAUAUGUGGAGAUGUUGGUGAGGAGAAGAAGCUUGCUGUUUGCAGUAGAUGCAAUGAUGGUGCUGAACAUAUUUACUGUAUGAGGGUAAUGAUUCCAGAAGUUCCGGAGGGUGAUUGGUUGUGUGAGGAGUGUCAAGCUGACGUACAAAUUAAAAAGGAAAAGAACACACUUGAGAUUUCUCAAGCAAAGGUUAACACAAUUUGCACUGGGGGUAAUAUGAAGGCUGCAAAUGUGGGCAACUUAGAGUUAAAUGAAGAAGAUAAGGGAAAUGAUAAAUCUAGAAAGAGGACCAAAGAAGACACAGGGAUUAUUGGCAAACCUGUACCAGGAACUGGCAAUGUAUGCUGUGCACCCGUCCCUAAUGGCUGUAUUUCUACGGGAAACAAGGAAGACGGCAGCUCAUGCGUCGCUGGUGGCGAGGCUGCUAAUGACAGUGAACUUGGUUAUGGCCAUCAGCAGACAUCCAAUGGGAGAAACACUGUUUCUAAUUUUAAGGUACUAGAGGGGGAGAGGCAUAAUUUGCGAGGCAGUAAUGAUGUUCCAUGUAGCUCUGAGGUUGAUGUGUUAUCUUGUAUGACUUUAAAGAAUAAAAGUUCUACAAUGAGUGAGACUAAACGUUCUGAAGAGGUAGAAGAUGUGAAAGUCUGUGACAUAUGUGGAGAUGUUGGUGCUGAGGAGAAGCUUGCUGUGUGCGGUAGGUGCAGUGAUGGUGCUGAGCAUACUUACUGCAUGCGGGUGAUGAUGCAAGAGGUUCCAAAGGAUGAUUGGCUAUGUGAAACAUGCCAUAAUGAAGUAGAAAAUGAAAAGAGAAAAACCAAUAUAGAGACAUCCGAAUUAAAGGUUGGUGGUUUCAAAGGACAGUCCUUUGUAGGGCCAAUCAACAAAUCUGUGAAUACUGCAAACAGCAGUUCUUCUAAGAAUGUUGUGGUUGCUGAAACUAUGGGAAGUAAAGUGUCAGACAGAGGAUAUGAAAUGAACUGUGGCAAUAAGAGAAAGGAUGGAGAUGCAGGGAUUACAUCACUGGCUAGACAAAAUCCACUAUCACGCGAAAGCUCGUUCAAGCUGGAUACAAACAAAGGAAAGAACCUUGCUGGACACAUUUCAACCACAUUGACAUGUAAUUCUCUGAAGAAUCAAAAGGGACCUCUUCGUGGUCAACUCUCCAAAUCCACAUCUUUCAACAAUUCAAAGGUCCCCAAGGUGAAACAGUUACUGAAUGAACUUACUCAGAAGCCCAAAACUUUGAAGGACUCUUUGUCCUGUCCUACGAGAAAAGAGGGGCCAAUGGGCAUACUUGCUAAAUCAGCAUCAUUUAAAAAGCCUAGAUCUUUUGAGCCAGUAAAUAAGGCAAAGCUUUCCACAGUGAAUCCACUGGUGAGCGAAAAUGCAAGAAACGAUAUAUUGACUUCCAUAUUAGGGUCCAGCUCCUUAACUGGAUCGGUGGCUGUUCCAGUUCAUUCUAAAGCACAAUCUUCUGCACAACAUCUGAAUAAAGGAAAUAAAAUGGCUGAUUCAAAUACUUUAGGCACUUCUGGUGGUGAAGGUGCUAGAAAUUUUCUUGGACAUAGUGGUAUAAAGAAGCCUCUUCACACAAAAGGACCUGCAGACAUCACGUUAAGUAGUGCUGGUAUGCUUGGUCCAGGUGCGCAGAGGAAGACAAUUCAGGUUCCAGAUUCUUCACAUAGGGAUGAUCAAAUAAAGAGCCCACAUAGCUUGGUACCUAGUAAUUCUAGCAGAAAUGUGUCCAUUCCUGGCACCGCAUCAUUGAGAGAUAAUCAGACUGUACCUUCCUUGAGAGGAAGAUCUGUGGACAGCAUUUCUGCUACAUCAAAUAAUAUGCAGGAUAAAAAAAUAAUGUUUUACAGUGAAGGCUUUCCACUGAGCAGUAAACAUAUAGCUUCAACUAUCCCUGAAUUGGAUUAUAGUUGGCGAGGGGAUUUUGAGUUGUUGAGGACUGGAAGAUCCCCUGUGCUUUUUGAGGGUUUGCAAGCCCACUUGCCAUGCUCUGCAUCACCUAAAGUGCUGGAAGUGGCAAAGAAAUUCCCUUCUAACAUACAGCUUGAGGAACUUCCUCGUCAGAAUGUAUGGCCUCCACAGUUUCAUGCAAAUGGACCUACCAUUGACAGCAUUGGUCUUUUCUUCUUUGCUAGAGAUACUCAAUGCUAUGAGAUUCACUAUAGUAAAUUAGUAGAAAGUCUGCUAAAGGAUGAUUUAGCACUCAGAGGAAAUAUUGAAACAGCUGAAUUGCUCAUAUUUUCUUCAAACACCCUACCAAAUAAUUUCCAACGAUGGAACAUGUUCCAUUUUCUGUGGGGUGUAUUUAGAGUUAGAAGAAAAGAUUCCUUGAAUGUUCCACCUGAUCUACCCAUAAAUGAUAAUGUUGGCUCAAAUGGUGUGAAAUCUUUAUUUCAUCCUUUGGGUGGAAACCAUCUAGAAGGCCAGUCUCAUGAUUCAAUCACAGCAAGGUUUCAAACAAAUAAGAGUAGUGCAGUUAAUGAUUCUCUCCCUGUCCCAACAAAAAAAAGUCUUAAACUAGCUUAUUCAGAGCAGAAAGAGAAAAUGGGAUAUCCUUCUGAGGAUGGUUGUGAUAUACAAUUUGAUUAUGCGGAGCUAAAUACUUGCUCUGUCUCCCCAAUCCAUGAAAAAGUUAACAAUAGCACAACCAUCAAAAUGGACAACGCUAAGCACCUGAUGGAUGGUGGCAAUGUGGAUACCAUUUCACAUGUUUUAGGUGGUUUACAUAAAAGAAACGUUGAGGUUGCAAAUUGGGAUGAUAAAGUCAAUGGAAGACCUCAACAUAAGAGAAUUAAACUGGAUGAUGGAGGUUCUGUGUGUCCAGGUUAAGUUGAAAUAUAAAGAGGGAUUCUUGAUCUUAAGGUGCAUUGCCCUGACAUUUACCUGGAUGGUGGCAGUGAAAGUAAUGCAAUGGCAGAGAGCUCAGUUUUCGUGAGACAUAUUUUCACCAAAAAUGAUCGUGUGAAUGGUGCAGUGUCUGGAAACCAUGUAAAUCUCUGGGGAUAUCCUGUCCUUUCUCUCACCAGAAAGUUCGAAACAGGUAGGAGGAUAAUGUAUACUAGCUGCCUUCUGAUACACCAGUUUUCCUGUGGGCAUCAAAGGAACGAAGUAAAGUGCAGCCAUGGUUGAGGUGUAUUGAAAGUUGAGGAUUAAGCCGUCCUUGGUUUGGGGACUAUCAGAAUUGAUGUGUUAUCAGAUAACUCUUUGCCACUGUCUGGUUAAGGAAUCACUGGAGACAACAUUUCUGGAAAGCACCUCCAACGAUGUCGUGUCGAUGUAUUAACAGUAGCUGAUUUGAGAGCGCAAUGUUUACUGGAAAUGGAGUACAGCACAAGGGCUCAGUUUAUUAGUAGUUUGCAAUUAUGGUGGCCAUAAGUGCAUGACACAGAAAGCAGAGUAGUUAACUGUGCGGGUGACGCAUGCUUAGGAUGCGGUGGCUUUGUGCGUAAAAAGUCCUACUCCCUCCUUAUUUUCUCCAUAUUUUUUUUAUAUGACGCCGUUGAUCUCCUUAUUUUCUCCAUAUUUUUUUAUAUGACG